AGCUGAAAACUCUCCGGACCUUCACAGUACAUUAUGUCAGCUGUCAAUGACACCAAAUUUCAAUUUGCAGUGUUCCUUCUGACUGGGCUACCUGAGCAGGAAGACAUGCAUCUCUGGAUCUCUAUCCCCUUCUGCUUCAUGUAUGUUAUUUCAAUAGUAGAAAAUUUAGUCAUUCUGUUCACUAUAAAAACUGAACCAAGCCUCCAUGAGCCCAUGUACAUUUUCCUUUCCAUGUUGGCCGUCACAGAGCUUGGCAUAUCCAUAGCCACCAUACCAACGAUACUGGGCAUAUACCUGUUUAACUCUAGGGAGAUCAGCCUCAAUGCCUGUUUUGCCCAGCUGUUCUUCAUCCACUCGCUUCAAUGCUUUGAGUCCGCCGUGCUCUUGUUGAUGGCCUUUGACCGCUUCAUUGCUAUUUGUAAUCCACUGAGAUAUGCCUCCAUCAUAACCCUGCCAAGAAUACCCAAGAUGGGACUGGUGUUUGUGCUAAGAGGGAUGGUCAUAGUAUUCCCACUCCCCUUGUUCCUGAAACGGUUCCGAUACUGUCGCACCAAUGUCCUCUCCCAUUCCUACUGCCUGUUCCAGGACGUCAUGAAGAUGGCUUGUUCGGAUAUCAGUAUCAACAGCAUCUAUGGCUUGUUAGCUAAACUCCUAAUAAUGGGGUUGGACUCGCUGCUCAUCUUGCUCUCUUACAUAAUGAUCCUCAAAACAGUGCUGAGUGUCGCGUCCUCCAAAGAGUGCCUCAGGGCCUUGAACACCUGUAUCUCCCACCUCUGUGCCGUCCUGCUCUUCUACAUACCAGAGAUUGGCCUGUCUGUGAUACACAGAUUCGGGAAGGGCUCUUCUCCCUUACUUCAGGUUUUCCUGGGAUACUUUUCCUUGCUAGUCCCACCCCUGAUUAAUCCAAUUGUGUACAGCUUGAAAAGCAAACACCUUUGUGCAAAGAUAAUCAGGGUGUUCAUCAAGUGA